UUAUUUAGGAGACCACUGUAAGCAGCUGGAGGAGAUGGUGGUGCCAACCCUGGACAUGCCUGCUCAGCCCAUGGGGAUGGUUGCUGAUGUGGUUUUCGUCAUCGAGGGCACUGCCAAUCUCGGGCCCUACUUCGAGUCCUUGCGCAAGCAUUACCUUCUACCUGCCAUUGAGUACUUUAACGGUGGUCCCCCUGCCGAAACAGACUUUGGAGGAGAUUAUGGUGGUACCCAAUACAGCCUGGUGGUGUUCAAUACGGUGGACUGUGCCCCUGAGUCGUAUGUGCAGUGCCAUGCACCAACUAGCAGCGCUUUCGAGUUUGUCACGUGGCUUGAUAGCAUUCAAUUUGUGGGUGGUGGUGGCGAGAGCUGCAGUCUCAUCUCAGAAGGGCUCAGCACCGCUCUGCAGCUCUUUGAUGACUUCAAAAAGAUGAGAGAGCAAAUAGGUCCCACACAUAUCUGCAUCCUAAUCUGCAACUCCCCGCCCUACCUGCUUCCAGCUGUGGAGAGUACCACAUACUCUGGCUACACAACAGAGAAUUUGGUGCAGAAGAUUGGUGACCGUGGGAUCCACUUUUCCAUUAUCUCGCCCCGGAAGCUCCCUGCUCUGCGCAUUCUCUUUGAAAAGGCCGUGACGGGGGGCAUGAUGGAAGGCCAGCUCAAGGACUACAGCCAGGACCCCCGGCAUAUGAUCCUCAUACGCGGCAUGGCUCUUCCAGUAGGCGGAGGAGCAGCCACCAAUGCGCUGCAGGCCAAGCAAGCCGUGCCCCAGCCCCAGCUCCCCACGGUUCCACCCCAGCUCCCCCCCCCACCUCAGGCCCUGCCAGCCGUUUCUCAGCCAUACCAGGUGACGCCAUCGGCUACGCUCACUGCGGCCCAGGCCGCAGCUCAGUCUGCCGUGGAGGCUGCCAAGAACCAGAAAGCCAGCUUGAGCAACCGCUUUGCCUCCUUGAACCCCAUGCAGCCCGCCUUCAGCCAAGCUCCCGCACAGACCCUCCCCGCAGGCUCCGUGCCGGCCCUGCCUCCCAAGCUCCCUGCUUCUUCACAGGCCAGUCUGGUCUCCACGGUAACCACAGGCUCCGGCCUCCUGGUCCCACAACCGGUACAGGCCCCACCACCGUCUGCGGCCUCGGCCAUGCCAAGUGGCGUCCCUCCCAGCAGCAUGACUGUGGCUCAGCCAGCACAGGCACAAAUCGGGGCCACGCAGCAGUCGGUCACGAACAAGGUGAUAGCGUGGAGCGGCGUGUUGGAGUGGCAAGAGAAGCCCAAGCCGGCUUCAGUGGAUUCCAACACCAAGCUGACUCGUUCCCUGCCCUGCCAAGUGUACGUCAAUCAAGGAGAGAACCUGAAGGCGGAACAGUGGCCCCAAAAGCUCAUCAUGCAGCAUCCCCAGCAGCUCCUGACAACUCUGGGCCACCUCUUCCGCAACUCGCGCAUGGUGCAAUUCCACUUCACCAACAAGGACCUGGAAUCACUCAAGGGCCUCUACCGCAUUAUGGGCAACGGAUUUGCGGGCUGCGUCCACUUCCCUCACACGACGCCCUGCGAGGUGCGGGUGCUGAUGCUGCUCUACUCCUCCAAGAAGAAGAUCUUCAUGGGCCUCAUCCCCUACGACCAGAGUGGCUUUGUCAACGGCAUUCGGCAGGUCAUCACGAACCACAAACAAGUCCAGCAGCAAAAGCAAAUGGGGGGGUCCCAGCCCCUGGGUUCCACGGCCGGCGCACAGCCAUUCCUGCCAAAGCAGCCUGGCGCUUUGCCGGUGACACAGGGAGUCCAGCAGCAGAUGGGUGGGCAGCAGGUGAGCCCUGGGAUGCCUCAGGUGGGGAUUAUGGAAGAACAGCAACGGCAGCAGGGCCUGUUGCAGCUCCGAGUGCAGCAGCCUCAGCCAGCAGCUCCAGCCACCAACCAGCCUCCGCAAGCACAAGGCCCCCCACAGGCCGGGCCCCAGGCCACCCAAGCAGGCGCCAUGCUUAGACCCCAAAACCCUGGAGCCAAUCCUCAGCUCCGCAGCCUGCUCCUGAGCCAGCAGCCGCCCCAGGCGGGGGUUCCUCAAUCCCAGCAGCCCCUCCACCACCUCCAGCAAGGUUCUCCGGGAAUGUUGCCCCACCAGCCCAUGGAACCUCUGGGGCAUCAGCCUCCUGAGCAGCAGCUCCAGCUCGCUGGACAGACCCUCAUGCACCAAGCUCCAGGACAAGCGUGGCCAGGCCAGAUGGGACCGCGGGCGACGCUGCCAGGUCAAAUGCUGAUGAACGCUGGUCCCCGGGGGCCAGUCUCCCAACCAGGUUUGCAGCAGGUUCCUGCCCCAAGCAUCAUGGAGGACGACAUCCUCCGGGACCUCAUCUGAUGGCGGAGGGUCCUGCUCCAACAACACCUGGGGUGGAGAUUGUUUCUGCAUUGUGGACAGUGCUGCUCUUCCGGAAAACAUUGCCAUCUUCCUUUCUCGUGUGUAAUAUCCCC